AUGCUCAUAGAUAAAUUAUCUGAUCAUCAAAUUUCAUAAAGUGGGUCAUUUGCCUAUUUGUCUCCGUAAGCUUAUGAGGCCUUAUAAACUUUAGAGUAAAUUAAAAACAAUAAUAUGCUUCAGCAGAAUUCGUAAAUCGUUAGAAGAGUUUCAUCACAAUAUAUUCAACAGUCCUAAAAUAAUUCCUAGCGUUCAACCAGUUAAUUGUAAGCUUCUCCGAUUCAAUAGAGAAAAGAUUUUUAAACAAAUUAAUCAUUAUCGUUCAUUAAAGGAGCUUUAUAAUCAAAUCGCACUAAUAAAUAAGAAACUGAAGGAAGUCAUUAACCAAGUUCUCAAACUGAGAGAUAGAUUAGUUAAUAAUAAACUUUAGGUAAAUCAGAUGAACCUACUCCAUUCUUUAGAGAUACUUUAUCAAGUGAUCGCAACAAUAAAUGUAAUCAAACUAGUUUAAGCUAAUAUUUGACUAAACAUCAAUUUUAAUAGCAAUUCAAAUAUAUCAAUGAAGAAUUAUAAGCAUUUAAAUAAUAGGUUGAAAAUGAUGUAUUGAUUGAAACUGUAAUAACUAAAUUUGAAUCUCCAAAAGAUAAUUCAAAAAACAGUCAUUUAUUUGCUGAUCAAUCAUAAAAAGAGAAUUUAUCUCCUACAACUAAAUUGAUGAUGAAAAAGAAAAUGAUAUUAAAUCAGAUCCUCUCUCUCGAUAAUCAGAUUAAGAUCAUGGAAGAUGAAGAAACUAAAAUUGCUCUUGAUCCUUAGAAGGAAAGAAAAAAGUAAAAUACUAAUUCAUCUUCUUAAAAUAAUUAAAUUUUUGAAAGUCUUUAUCAUAGAGCAUAAAAAAAGCAAUAAAAUUUUAAAAAACUUUUUGAAGAAAGCAAUAUCAAUAAAAAUUAAUAAGAAAUGAAAGAAUGUACUUUUAUUCCAAAAAUAAAAAAAUAAAAUAUAUCUGGAAAUUUUAUGGAACGUUUGGAUGAUUGGGUUAAAAGAAAAAAUAAAAAGAUUAUAUAAUAGCAGGAAUAAAGUUAAGAAAGAAUAAUGAGAGAGUGUACUUUUAGUCCUCUAAAUAAUAAAAAUUUAUCUAAGACCAAUCUUAAUCAUACUGCAGUUUAUUAAAGAAAUUUAGAAUGGUAGAAUAGAUUAAAUAUUAAGAAAUAAAAAUUAAAAGUUUAAAAUUCACUUAUUUAAAUGAGUGCCAAAAAAGAGUAGAGUACUCCAUAAAAAAUAUAUAAGAGAUCUAGUUCAUCAUAAUAUUAGAUUGAUCUUGCUAAGAUUUUAUAGUCAACUAAUUCAUAAAAUACUACAAAAAGAUUAAAGAAUUAAUCUCCAUUUCAUACAGAAAUUUAAAGUAGUAUUCUUAAUGCUUCAAAUAAAAAAAUAGAAAAUAUAGAUAUGAAGUAUUUGUAAUUAUGCGAAAUAGCCAAUAGAAUUAAAGCCAAAUCUAAAUAUUGA